AUGGUUUUAUCAACACGGAAGAAGCGUAAGAGUUCAACCUUUUUACAAUCACCAUGGCACAAAGUAUAUCUACAAGGUUCAGAGUUAUGUCACAACAUCAGAAUUGCUGAACAAGAAUGGAACCUUGCGACAAAUACACUAAGUGAGAAGGUCGAUACAAAUGAGGCGAUAUCUCCAUCAAAGAGAAGGCUUCUUUCAUCUACACAUCUUAUGCAACAGCUUCUCCAACCAGCACCAACGUUUGUUUUCUUGGGCGACAACGCAGCUCUUAACUACGAAAUCGUGCUUUACUAUGUGUCGAGAAUCAACCUCGCUAAUUCAUGUUCUCUAAAAUGUCGCUCGGAUUUGGAUAAGAGCAUAAAUCGUCAAACUUCGAAGACAGCUAGUAAUCAAGAUCAGCAACAUUCUUUACUUGUCAAUGCUUUCAAUGAGAAAAUACAGAAGCUUGAAAGCAACUUCCAAAGUUUAGAGAGGACUACAUCAAUAUUAGACAUCAUCUUUGAAAUCCAAGACCUCGAAAGAUUCUCUAUGAUAAACCAUCUCGGCAAGUUUCAUAACCGCGCAAAGACCUUUAAAAGACUUAUUCCGCAUAAAUACGCUGUUGCGAUACAAAUGCCAAUGAACCUACCAGAGCCACUACAUUGUCUUCCUCUGUGA